ACUGGAAAUGGAGACACCGAGUUUCUGAAAUCACGCACGCAGAAUUCGAGGGACUUUUUUUAUUCUUUCGAUCACCAACGUCAGCCCGCGUGGAUACUUGAUCAAUAGCAGCGUGAUGGAAGUCGCGCCAACAUUUCUGUUCCUGCUGUGCGCUCUGCGCGUUUCUCCGGCGGCUGAUUGGGAGUUUGGGGAUUUUACCUCCCUCGAUGAUGGAAUCGACUACAAAGAUCCAUGUAAAGCUGCUGCCUUUUUGGGAGACAUCGCCCUCGAUGAAGAAGACCUGCGCAUGUUCAGAGAAGCCCGCGGCAACCACACACACUCAGUCAACAGUUCCUCUUCCAAUGAGAGCGCCCGGAGCAGGAGAGCGGCGGACAGACGGAGUCUGCGUCGUUGGAGGAGAGCAGCCACCUCCAGACCUGAGCGAGUGUGGACGGACGGCAUCAUCCCGUACGUGAUCAGCGGGAAUUUCACCGGCAGUCAGAGAGCCAUUUUCCGUCAGGCGAUGCGUCACUGGGAGAAGCACACUUGUGUAACAUUCACUGAGAGGACGACUGAAGAAAGCUACAUUGUGUUCACCUACCGACCUUGUGGGUGCUGCUCCUACGUGGGGAGGAGAGGCGGCGGCCCUCAGGCCAUCUCCAUCGGAAAGAACUGCGAUAAGUUCGGCAUUGUGGUGCAUGAACUCGGCCACGUGAUCGGCUUCUGGCACGAACACACACGACCGGACCGAGACGAGCAUGUAAGCAUCAUCAGAGACAACAUCCAACCAGGACAGGAGUAUAACUUCCAUAAGAUGGACUGGGACGAGGUCGACUCACUCGGGGAGGUGUACGACUUUGGCAGCAUAAUGCAUUACGCGAGGAAUACAUUUUCCAGAGGCAUCUUCCUGGACACAAUAUUGCCCCUUUAUGACGUCAAUGGAGUCAGGCCGCCUAUCGGACAGAGGACCAGGCUCAGCAAAGGCGACAUUGCGCAAGCCCGCAAACUCUACAAGUGUGCAAGGUGUGGGGAAAGCCUGCAGGAAAGUGCUGGAAACUUCUCUUCUUCCGGUUUUCCGAAUGGUUACUCAGCUUAUGCCCACUGUGUCUGGAGGAUUUCUGUCACCCCCGGAGAGAAGAUUGUUCUAAAUUUCACUUCCAUGGACCUCUUCCGGAGUCACUUGUGUUGGUACGACCACGUGGAGGUCCGAGACGGGUCCUGGAGGAAGGCUCCUCUGACAGGCCGCUUUUGUGGGGACACACUGCCGGACCCGAUCAUCUCCACCGACAGUCGACUGUGGAUUGAAUUCAGAAGCAGCAGCAGCUGGUCGGGCAAAGGCUUUUCCGCUGUCUAUGAAGCCAUCUGCGGGGGGGAGGUGAAGCGGGACAGCGGCCAGAUCCAGUCCCCCAACUAUCCCGAUGACUACCAGUCCAACAAAGUGUGUGUGUGGAAAAUCACAGUGGCCGAAGGCUUCAAUGUCGGCCUCUCCUUUCAGUCGUUUGAGAUCGAGAGGCAUGACGGCUGCGCCUACGACUACGUGGAGGUGAGGGACGGAGGCUCAGACAGCGGCCCGCUGCUCGGACGUUUCUGCGACCACAACAAGCCCGACGACAUCAAAAGCAGCUCCAACGUGCUGUGGCUGAAGUUUGUGUCCGACAGCUCGGUCAACAAAGCCGGGUUCGCCGCCAGCUUUUUUAAAGAGACGGACGAGUGCUCGGGGCCGGACAACGGUCACUGCGAGCAGCGCUGCCUGAACACACUGGGCAGCUACAGGUGUGCAUGUGACCCCGGAUACGAGCUGGCGGCCGACAGACGCAGCUGUGAGACAGCUGCGUGUGGCGGGUUCGUCACCAAGCUGAAUGGCUCCCUCACCACCCCCGGGUGGCCCAACGAAUACCCCCCCAACAAGAACUGCGUGUGGCAGCUGGUGGCGCCCAUUCAGUAUCGCAUCACCCUGGUGUUUGACGUGUUCGACACCGAAGGGAACGACGUGUGUAAAUACGAUUAUGUGGAGGUGCGCAGUGGGUUGAGUUUCGACUCUGAGCUUCAUGGGAAGUUCUGCGGAGCGGAGAAGCCCGAGGUCAUCACCUCCCAACAGAACAACCUGAGGGUUGAGUUCAAGUCUGACAACACCGUCUCAAAGACGGGUUUCAAGGCUCACUUCUUCUCUGAUGUAGACGAGUGCUCCAAAGAAAACGGAGGAUGCCAGCAUGAGUGUGUGAACACCUUCGGGAGCUACAGCUGUCAGUGCCGCAGCGGCUUCAUGCCGCACGAUAACAAGCACGACUGCAAGGAAGCGGGCUGUGAUCACGCCGUGAACACCGUGUCAGGCACAAUGAGGAGCCCCAACUGGCCUGAUAGGUAUCCCAGCAAGAAGGCCUGCACCUGGUCUCUGUCCACAACCCCGGGCCAUCGGAUCAAACUUGUCUUCAACGAGAUCGACAUGGAGGCCCAUCUGGAGUGCACUUACGACCACCUGGAGGUCUACGAUGGGCGAGACUCGCGUGCCACCAGUCUCGGGCGCUUCUGUGGCACCAAAAAACCGUCCCCGGUCGUCUCCAGUGGCAACAGAAUGUUCCUGCGUUUUUUCUCGGACAACUCGGUGCAGAAGAGGGGCUUUGAGGCUUCAUAUAGACCGGAAUGUGGAGGAAGUCUGAAAGCCGAGGUCAAGACAAAAGAUCUCUACUCUCAUGCCCAGUUUGGAGAUAACAACUACCCGGGCGGCUCCGACUGUCUCUGGGUGGUCUCUGCCGAGAAGGGCUACGGAGUGGAGAUCAUCUUCCACGUGUUCGAGGUGGAGGAGGAGGCAGACUGUCGGUAUGAUUACGUGGAGCUGUAUGACGGUGCUGACACCAAGUCUCCAAGGCUGGGACGGUAUUGUGGAUCUGGGGCCCCAGAGGAAGUCUACUCGGCGGGGGACGCCAUCGUUUUAAAGUUUCACUCGGAUGACAGCAUCAAUAAAAAAGGCUUUCACGCACGCUACACCAGCACAAAGUUUCAGGACAUGCUACACACAAGCAAGUGACUCAAACCCAAACGGAGACUCCAACCCCUGACGGACACACCCCGAGGACUGAAUGCACGGAUUGACACCACAAACACCAGGCCGCAUGCUUUACAUUCACAUCUGUUAGACGCAGUGACGCCACGCAGAAGAACUGCUUCUUUGUUUUUUCUUUGUUAUAGAGCUACAUAGGAGGAGAGGGGAGGACUAGUUUGCAGUGACUAUUUGGGGUAAAUUCAUUGACACAGUCUGUAAUGAGAUGAUUAUGCCAUAGCACAUUGUGGAGAUAUAAAAUAUAUGUAUGUGA